AUGAAUGGUGCAAAGGUUAACACGACUUUUAUUAAUUUAUUUUUAAAAGAAUUUUUAAUUGGUCUAAAUAGAGUUGAUUUGAAAGUUAUUUUUUGUGGAUGUAGUAGUGGCGGAUUCAACACAGAGAAUGGUAGCGAGGGGGAAAACAAUGAAGAAGAAGAAGAUGGUGAUGAUGAUCAUAAUGGUUAUGAUGAUCAUGAUCACGAUGAUGCUGAUGACGGUGGUGAUUAUGAUGCUGAAGAUGGUGAUCACGAUGAUGCUGAUGACGGUGGUGAUUAUGAUUCCGAUGACGAUGGUGAUCAUGAAGAUCAUGAUGAUGAUGAGAGGGCUGAUUAUGAUGAUGAGAGGGCUGAUCAUGAUCAUGAUGAUGAUCAUAAAGGGGCUUACUUCUGUUGGCUCUACUCUACUACUAUCUACUUUUCCACCACUGAUGGCAUUAAAAGAGUCAUUACUAUUAUUUACCGCAUCUAUUAA